UUCCUCCUAGUUGGUGCAGCCGUGAAGCUAGAGGACAUGUUGUGCGCUAGUUGAUCGCUUACUUCAUUCGUUUUACUUUGCGAGGGAUGAAGCAUGACUGAUGCUAUGCCGUAAUGGCACAAGUUAACCGGAAUGUGAUUGUGAAAUAGACAAAUGACGCAUGUGGGUGCGGCUCUAGGAGGAAACCAAUUAAAGUGUUGAAUUAGAGUUAUUUUACGAUGACUAACGUGACCAUGAUUAAACGCGUACUGUUAUUCAAGACAAUAACAGUCCCGUUUUCAAGCGGCAGUAGGCGCUGCUCUACCAGGGUUUCAACUGGUGAGCUAAAAGCUGCAGUGACAGAGAGCGCACAGCCCUCGCCGCUUUCAGGGGAGGCGUCAUUAUACGUGCAUUGGCCUUACUGUCUUAGAAGAUGCUCCUAUUGCAACUUUAACAAGUACAUCCCCAAAGCUGAUAACAGCUCCAUUAUGGCUGACUGCCUUCAGCGGGAGACGGAAACGUUACUGCGGCUGAGUCAAGUGUCUAGCAUCACAUCUGUGUUUUUUGGUGGUGGAACCCCGAGUCUGGCACACCCCUCCACCAUUGAGAAGGUCUUGGAGUCUAUAUCCAGCCAUGCUAGUCUGGCAGACAGCGCUGAAGUCACCAUAGAGGUCAACCCGACCCCAGUAGGGAUGUCCAGGUUAGAAGAGUUUCACCGUGCGGGGGUAAACCGUUUCUCCAUCGGUGUUCAGUCGUUGCAGGACAAGGAUCUCAAACUCCUGGGCAGGGACCACAACUCCCAGCAUGCCUUGCGGACCCUCGCCGAGGCCCGGCGGCUGUGCCCCGGCCGUGUGUCGGUGGACGUCAUGUUCGGGCGGCCCGGCCAGACCCUGGACUCCUGGGAGCGGGAGCUAUCUGAGCUUUUGAGAGUGUGCGACGACCACGUGUCUUUGUACCAGCUGACGGUGGAGCGGGGAACCGCGCUGUUCAAACAGGUGGAGCAGGGCCAGCUCGCCCUGCCGGCGGAGGAGGUGAUGGCGGCCAUGUACCACUCUGCCCGGACGCUUCUCCUCCAGCACGGCUUCCAGCAGUACGAGGUUUCGAACUUCGCCAGGCGUGAGUUCAUACAAUUGAAUUGCGGUUUACAAAGGGGUUUAUUUCUCCGGCUAAUUGAGAACGCCGUCAGCCAUCACAACAUGAACUACUGGAAGGGUGGGCAGUACAUUGGAGUGGGCCCAGGGGCACACGGGCGCUUUGCUCCCCUAGGGGAGGGGAGGGCCGUCAGGGAGGCCAGGGUCCAGACCUUGGAGCCAGACUUCUGGAUCCAAGAGGUCCAGCACAGGGGUCACGCCACCCGCAGAAGGAUCCCCCUCCCAAGCCCUCUGGGACUGUUGGAGGAGGUGCUGGCGAUGGGGCUGAGGCUGACAGAGGGCAUUGCUCACCAGCAUUGGCACAUCUUCUGCCCUGAAGCAGACCUCCAGACAGUGUUUGGCACGUAUCCGGACGUCCAAAACUUGCUGCUAAGCGGACAUUUGAUUCUCGACGACCGAGGGCUACGGUGUUCCUGGGACGGACUGGCGCUACUCGACGGCAUGCUGCCAACACUCUUGCUGGCGCUGGAAGGCCAUAUGAGCCCUUGAGGACAGACACACAUACCCUGAGGACAGACACGCAGACCCGGUUGCCAAGGGGACCAGGUGACCGAAGGGUCAUGGGCUAGACAUGCUUUUCUUUAUUUGUCCAGGCUGACUGAUGUAUGUUUGUAUUAUACAGUAUAUACUAUUUAUAUUUUCCUAGUACAAUAUCACUGGUUGAUAUACGGAUCAUUAACAUCUCUGUCCGUUUGCAAAAGGGCAUUAUUACACCUAUUCUUAUCUAUGUUGAUUCACAUUGUUCCAUCUCAGGAAGAUGUUGUACAAUGUGGUAAUUGUAUUAGCUAAUCAAAGUAAUUUUGUAAAUGUUUAACGCAAAUGUAAAUUAGAAUUUACCGGAACCAUUAUGUGAGGUGGUAUGGUAGGCCUACCACUGAUCUUGUAAAAACAUUCGACAACAGAAUAAAUUGGAACAAAUCCUUUUCAUAUUCAUGAGUGUUUAAGUGCCACAUGAGUCAUGACGCACACCAUAUGCCACAGUUUUUGUUGGUGCACUCCGAUGUAUGUUUCCUGUUUCUAUAGUCCAAAUUUGGGCUGCUAAUAAAAGACUGGCUACUUGAAGACAACGCAUCUAUAGUGAAUCAGACCCUCAGCGCCCUCGGUUUUCCGGGCGGCAAAUGCAUUGUUGGGGUGACGUCAUUGUUGUAUAAGUGCAAUAGACACAUGAAGGAAAACACUCGACAACACAGAGAGAUAAUCAGUAUAAGAGUUUAUUCGUAACGUGCAAAUACAAAAAAGAAACACGACGCAUCGGUCCAGCCAGACGCCAAAGAGUAUAACUCCUUA